CAACAGGAACUGACUGUGCUCCACUUGGAAUAAAGAGCAAGGGGUGGGGGCUCGCUCUCCCUCGCCCCUCCCUCCUUCCAAUAGAGAGAGAGAGAGAGAGAGAGCAGGAGGAAGGGAAGAAGAGAAGGAGCCUGACAGCGGCCAGGAUGAGUGCUUCAGCAGCCACCGGGGUCUUCGUCUUGUCUCUCGGUGCCAUCCCGGUCACUUACCUUUUCAAUGCCUUGUCGGCCAGCAGCAGCUCCUGGCUGAUUGUAAUGUUUGGAUCGUUGAUUCUGCUCUUAGUAGGUGUAGCAGCGCGAUUUUUGGUGAAAAGAAAGCCACCGCGAGACCCACUAUUUUAUGUCUAUGCCGUGUUUGCUUUCACCAGCAUUGUGAACUUAAUCAUCGGCCUCGAACAUGAUGGAAUAAUAGAGGGAUUCAUGACACAUUACUUGAAAGAGGGCGAACCUUAUCUGAACACUGCUUAUGGCCAUAUGAUCUGCUUUUGGGAUGGCUCCGUCCAUUAUCUGAUGUAUCUCUUGAUGGUCGCAGCAAUUGCAUGGGAGCAGAAUUACCGGACUAUUGGCCUCUAUUGGCUGGGAUCCAUCCUGAUGAGUGUCAUGGUCUUUGUGCCAGGAAAUAUUGUGGGAAAAUAUGGGACAAGAGUUUGUGCUGUGUCUUUGUUAAGCAUCCCGUACAUUUGCCUCCCAACAUGGGCUGGAUUCAAAAUCUAUAACCAACCUUCAACGACUGGGGACUCAUCAGCCAAGGCCAUUCAAAAAGUGCAACAAAAGAGACUUCUGAGAAGACCUCUAGACCUACUGCUGGCAAUCUACUUUAUCCUGGCGACGGGUUUUUGCCUGUUCAGAGGCAUUAUUGCCUUGGACUGCCCAGCUGAGCUGUGCCGACUUUACAGCCAGCUCCACGAGCCAUAUAUCAGAGAUCCUUCUGCCUAUCCCAAACUUCAGAUGCUGAUUUAUAUGUUCUAUUCGGUACCAUACUACAUGAUCUCACUUUACGGCCUGCUUGUGCCUGGAUGCUCCUGGAUGCCUGACCUAAGCCUUAUUCAUGCUGGAGGAUUAGCCCAGGCCCAGUUUUCACACAUCGGUGCUUCCUUACAUGCUAGGACGCCUUACAUCUACAGAGUCCCCGAAGAAGGGAAAAUGUGGUUUCUGGCACUCAACGUAACAUACGGACUCCUUCCUCAGCUGUUGGCCUAUAGAUGUGUUCAGAAGCCAGAGUUUUUCUUGAAAGCGAAGCUAGAAGAGAAGGCGGAGUAGGAACUACGGGUGUGUAAAUGGGUGCAACUGGACUACCUGUGAAAACUCCUUAUGCAGUUCAUCCUGGAAGAUGUUAUUGCAGAAGUUAUUGUUUGAUGUACCAGUGUUGAAAAUAAAAGACUUUUCAAGA